UCUCUGUCUCUCUCUCAUGGCUUCCGUUCAAUAUUCUUUAGGAUCUUACCUGGGCCAAAACAGGAACUUCAAGCCAUUGUCUAUUGUUCAACCAGGCAAUGCCAGGCAUUCCAUCAAUCUAGUCACAAAACAGCCUAUCUCUAAAGCCCUAUUUACACAACUACCAAUAGAAGGAGACAAGAAGCACUCGAAUUAUGGCAGUAAGAUCAAAGAAGGUGAAUGGAGGGUCUGUUGCAGUGACGAUGGGUCAUGUGGGAUCGCUCCCCAGUGGUCCACGCCUUCAGUAUUAGACUUGAUCCAGGAUUUCUAUAGUGCCAUCAAUGUCAAGGACACCCAAAAAUUGGAUCAACUUCUUUCACAUGAUUGUGUAUUUCAGGAGCUCAUAUUUUACAUGCCCUUUAAUGGAAAACAGAAUGUUAUAAACUUUCUGCAAGGUUUGAUGGAGGCAAUGGGGCAAAAUGUUCAUUUUGUCCUUGAUACUUUGAUGGAAGGCGAGAAGUUAACUGCAAGUGUAACUUGGCAUCUAGAGUGGAAAGGCAAAGAGAUACCAUUUACUAAUGGUUGCAGUCUCUUUGAAUGUCAACAAGUUGAUGGAAAGCUUAUUAUCAGGAAAAUCACUGGAGUAGAAGAAUUUCCUGUGAAGCCUGGAGAUUUGGUGCUGAAACUGUUGAAGGCAGUAAGCAGUGUUUUUGACAGCUUCCCCUUCGCAGCUGAACAGUUGCUGACAAGAUCCCAUGGAACACAUGAGGGACUAAUCAAGCUUCUAGAAAUGCUUGGUGCUUAUAAGAAGAACUAGCUCCCAAAGUUACCGGAAUUCUGCUGUUAAUUUGUGCCUGCUUUUACCGAACCUGAAAAUAUUGAUACCAUGCCAACGUAUAGUGUAGUGUGUACUUGUCAUUGGUAUAUUCUCUACUGCCUGAAUCCUUACAAUCCCUUGAGAACUUCAUCAA